ACCUCCUAGGCAGGGAAAGGCACAGGGCGCGGAGGGCGAGUCAAGCUCAGGGGAGGGCUCCCUGGGUUCCUCCCCACAACUGUAAUUUGACACCUAGAUCUCCAGGACAACCAACAACAAAAAAGAUGAAGCGAUGAGGCCCUGAAGCUGGACAGCAGCUGGCUGUCAGCAACCUGGAGCUAGCACCAGGAGGUGCCCGAGUGAGAAGCAGGCGCCUGUCAGGCAGGAAAGUGGCAGUGCUGGUGAAGAAGUCAAAGGUGGUGGCCAAAGGACUUCCAGGAGGUACAGAGGCUCUGUACUGGGACACCUCUUCGUGGCCCCCCCCAUCUGAGCUCCCAGGUCUUAGGGUGUGGCACACAAGUGAGAAAGCUCUCCUGACCACCAACUCCUGCCUGCUUCUGCUUUUAAGGAGUGUCUCCAUUGGGCUCGUGAGGCAAUGUGGGCACAGUGCCAGUCAGACUGAACAAGCCAGACCAAACAUAGAUGAAGAGGGAGGACCGGCAGGAGCCCUACCACCAUGGCAGCCACAGACUUUGUGGGGGAGAUUCGCUCUGUGGGAGAGAGGCUGCUGCUGAAACUGCAACAACUCCCCCAGGCGGAGCCCGUGGAGCUCGUGGCCUUCUCCAUCAUCGUUCUUUUCACAGCUACUGUCCUGGUGCUGGGGCUGAUAGCCUGCAGCUGCUGCUGUGCUCACUGCUGCUGCUCUGAGAGCAGACAGCAGAAGAUCCCAGUGCGGCCCAGAAAACCCAGAUGAGGGACAACAGCGAGCUGCCUGGAGAGAAGCUGGAUAAGAGCCUUCCAGGCUGUAACCCAGGCUACUACCAUGGCCACUUUACUCCUCCAGACAAAGGUCACCUGGCCCGAGUUGUGGCAUUUCCCAGGUGACAGGACAGACAUCUGGAGUCUUAUCAAGGAAACAAGUGUGACUCCGGCUGCGGGGACACAGGGCUCUGUUGGAGCUGAUGGUCUCACUCAGACCACCACCCGGGGCGUCUGCUAAGCUGACCCUUUUGAGGGUCCCGCACUUCACUAGGGAACAGCUCAUGCUUGUCAGGAGCUGGCUCCUGGGGCUCUGCUGACCUAUGCCAAAGAGAAGUAAGCUAGCGAGGGACUCUGUGCACUUUAUCAGACUCCAGGCCUCCUGCUGAGGGGGAGGAACAUGGCAGCAUUCUGGUUGAAAUUUGUCUGCUUAUUUCCAAGUAAACACCUUUUGGUUAUGUGUUUAUGAGGUUUGGCUGGGCUCUGUGUAUCGGAAGGGCAGUGCCAGAAUUCCAGGGGCAUGGCUGUUGACUGUUCUUUCCGGGCUACUGCUCUCUGUGUGACCAUGAAAGCUGGAAAAUCACACAGGAGGGACGCCACCAGGGCAUCAAGGCCAUGGCACAGAGGAGGGACACAGCGACAUUCCUGCUUUGUAUCCUCUCACUGCUGGCUUCCAGACCCCUGCUGUGUUGAGUGAUGGAGGCUGUUGCCCCGGGACAGGUGGUAGGCCCAGGAAUGCCUCUUAACAUUUCCCGCUGUCCUAACUCUGUCUGUAUACCUCACACUAGCAGCCUCAGGUUGAAGAAAGGUUAGGCUCUUAGUACUGUCUUUCACACCUGCCCCUUGAUGUUUUGGUCCUGUUCCUAUUUGUGUGCUGUCUGGACUCGGCUCACACACCCUCAGCUGACACCUGCCAGCUUCGUGACCCAAUCCUCUUAAGCUAGGUUUCCUUCUGGUGAGAUGAUUAAUCGUGGCACUUGCUUCCUGGGAUAUCCAGCAAGACAGCCCAAGUCUAACAGUGCCGGGCACACUCUAGAACUCCAUAAUCAUGAACUGUGGUCACCUGCCCUCCUAAGCAGGCCUGACCAGAGCACCAGGGCCCAUUUUAAAGAACAGUGCUGCCAAGAUGCUGUCAUGCUGCCUCUCCCCCCAAACCCCCAGGCAGGUUACUUUCUUCCAGAUACACAGCUACAAAACUCAAUGUGGAGGAGGGGGACAGACAUGUGAGUCUCCAUACAUGUCAACAGGACCAGGACUGGGCUCUCUAGCCAUCAAAGGCUCUAAUUACUCACUUCUGACCCCUCAGUCUCUGCAGCACAUGUUCUGUUUGCUUGGAGCAGAGCCCGCCUACCUUGAAGACAGGUCACAGAUAGGGAAAGUCAGCCCCUGCCACCUCUAGCUGGCAGUCCAAGCCAUACAGGCAGCCAGUUCUCACUGGCUGGUCUGACUAUCUGCUGUCUACAGAGUUGGCUGACAGGUUUGGGUUCUUGGAGAACCAGACAUAGUUUCCAAACAAAGACAAGAAAUCUAAGACUCCACCUGUCUUUGGCUCCUAAAAACUGGGAUUCAGAGUUGAACAAGCCCUUACUUUAAUCCCAGCACUUGGAGGCAGACGCAGGUGGACUUAUG